GGGCGGAUCUUACGGUCAGGGUCUCGAUCUGACGCAGUGCAUCCCAUUCCAGCCGCUCAGCAUCACACCGGCCUGGACCGCACCACAGACGAGCACACCGUCUACCGGAGAGAUGUAGUCAUGAACCAUCCACAUUAUAUCAGCUAAACGAAGUACCACCGACAUCUAGCUUAUUGUUUACUCCUUGGCUGUUAUCCGAAUCGCAGCGCGCCCAACCCUCAAAAUGGCUGAGAUGACCGAAAUCGGCGCGGCGUACGACAUGUCUCCAGUGCUGGCAGGGUUUAUUGGUGCUGGCGUGUUGGUGGUUGCAGUCUUUGCAUUAAUCUACCUGUGGACUUGCUGUCAGAAACAUUACAACAGGACCAACUACAAGCUCCAUGGCAUCCAGUCGGAACACAGCGAUCCUCUCACAGACCCUCCGUACAAAUUUAUCCACAUGCUGAAAGGGAUGAGUAUCUAUCCUGACGCACUUACCAACAGCAAGAGGAUCAUUCGAGUGGCACGUGAAGCCAGAGCUCAACCCUCUGACCGGUUGCAAGGUAGCAAGGGGCGCCCAGUGGUGCUAGUAAAUAUGGAUUCGGCAGCAGAAAGUGGCUUGCUUGGAGAAAAGCAAAUGAGGCUUGAGGAACGUGGGCAUGAGGUUUCCAGGCUGGAGAGGGAGCUUCCGGUGCGAGCUGAUUACUGCUGCUUGGAUAGCAGCUCCGCAAGCAGCAGUCAGACGUCCAGCACUACGGUUUCCAGUACUGCUACACCCUUUACCCCCGCAGAUGAGCCCAGCCGGGGAGACCUCAGCAUUGCAAUCGACUACAACUUCCCCAAGAAGGCCUUGGUGGUCACUAUCCUGGAGGCUCGUGGUUUGCCAGGAGUGGAAGGUCAGACAGGCAGUGCCGACCCAUACGUGAAGAUGACCAUUCUUCCUGAGAAGAAGCAUCGAGUGAAGACUCGGGUUUUGAGGAAGACUCUGGAGCCUGCGUUUGACGAAACCUUCACGUUUUAUGGCGUACCGUACAGCUCCUUGUCAGAUCUCACGCUGCACUUCUUGGUAUUGAGCUUUGACCGUUUUUCACGAGAUGAUGUGAUUGGUGAGGCAAUGGUUCCGCUGGCUGGCGUGGACCCGAGCACAGGACGGGUUCAUAUUACACAACAGAUCACAAAGAGAAACAUGCAGUGUGUGAGCCAUGGAGAGCUGCUGGUUUCUCUUUCCUAUCAGCCUGUUUCUCACAGACUCAGUGUGGUGGUAUUAAAAGCAAAACAUCUUCCAAAACUGGACAUCACUGGCUUGUCUGCAAAUCCUUAUGUGAAGUUGAAUGUGUUCUACGGCCACAAACGCAUUGCCAAGAAGAAAACGCAUGUGAAAAAAUGCACGCUCAACCCCGUCUUUAACGAAUCCUUCAUCUAUGACGUGCCAGCGGAGUUGCUCCCUGACAUCUCUAUUGAGUUCCUGGUCAUGGACUUUGACCGCACUACUAAAAACCAGGCAUUGGGACGCCUUGUGCUCGGUGCAGACAGCCCAUGCCCUUCAGGUGCUGCCCACUGGCAGGAAGUCUGUCAAAACCCACGGCGCCAAAUCUCAAAGUGGCACACACUCAAUUAACAUUAGAGCUUCACAGCAACACUCUCUCUCCACACACACACACACACACACAGUCAAACACAGGCACACAGGAAACAUUUCUGAAUGAGAGAGAGAAAGAGUUCUGGGAAAAGAUGCCUUUGUUACCACCCACAACAUGGUAACUGAAAUUCAGGAGGACUUGUAAAAAAAAAAGGACUUACGCCAACUUUUACAUCAUUGCUGAUACGAUGAUGGGCCUCGGAAAUGAAUCUUUUUUAAAUUACAAGGACACAUUAACCUAAUCACAAAUACAUAGAAGAUGAAUAAUAAAACGAGACCAAAAUAUAACAAACUGACAGACUGUUAGGAGUUCUUGUGGUUUGGGAUUGUAUAGCUGUUCUCAAGAAACGUAUCGCAUGUCUUAAUGCUCCGUAUUUAAAUCCAGAAUUGGACAUUAUGUGAUGUUAUGCGCAUUACACAGGUUCUUUUUGAAGGGGAGCUUGUGAAAAAAACAUCUUCUGAUAUGUACUGAUUAUCUCCACUGUAUGAGCAAUGCACCAAAGUGACGCAGAGGUUGUAUGAUCUACGUUAAAGUAUGAUUUGUUCCGUUCUGCUUUGGCUGGAGAUGUUACGGAGAUUCCUGCUGUGUCACAUUCUCCUCAGCUAUUAGUCCAGUCAUGUGAUUGUACAACAAUAACCUUUUUGGCAGCACUUCGGGCCUGAUUUAUUGCUUGGGCAACAAUUUCCUCAUACACUUUGAAUAAAUCAGGCCCUGAAAAACCUCAGUCUACACUGCUAUGCUACAAACACACUCUGAAUGUCACUUUCUGUCUGAAUUUCAUACAUCAGAGCUUCACUUCACCAUAAAACAGAGGUUCACUGUGUUGUAGACUUGACUAGCCCAUGUCAUCGGAUGCUCUUUUUAUAAGAUGAAUUGGAUCUGCUGUCAUUUUAUAUCCUGUGUGAUAUAGAGAUAGACAAACAUGUGUGCUUGUAGAACAAAGCUGCAAAGCUUUGGUAUCAAUAAGGAGGCUUUCUGAGCCAUUUGAUGUGACCUUUAGGAAAAGGAAGGUAUGUAGCAUUUUAUCCUUUGUAUUUCUGUCAUUUGCAUACCUCCCUCUCCUCACUUCCCCCAUUUCUGUAUCUCUUAUGACGAGAACGUGUAUAAUAACGUGAUUCACACUGGUAGCCUGAGACUUUCUGACUGGUGCUCCUUACUUUGAAUUUACUUUCAUUAAGUCUACAGUCUAUGUCUGGGAUAGAAUGUUGUGUGUCUUAUGAAGUCAGAAUUAAGGCUGAUAACUUUUUGUCUACACCAGACACGAGCAGCACAGCCCAAUCAAAGACAAUAAAAACCAUUACAACCACUGAAUAAAUCACAAGGGAACAAAUUCCCAACAAUAAACUGAGGCCCGGUUUCAUUUCUGAAGAAUAGAUCGUUCUUUUCACUGACUAACCAAAUUAUAUUUGGUUCCUUUAAUGAUCCUGCUUGUGCAUUUCUUUAACGCGGGAAGAACACUAGUAAAAAAAUGAAAUCCAUGAAUCAAACAUACACUGCAGUUAAGUCUGAUUCUAGAAAUGAUUUGUUUUAAAUGUAUCAAAAGACAGCGACAGUAACUAAUCAGCAUGGUGAAUGGCUGGUUGAUCAUAAGACAAACUGUACUUAAAGAUACAAAAGAUGCAUUUUGUCAGGAUAAUUUCACGACAGUUAAUGGACUGCAAUUAUGCUGCUACAAAAUGCAGAGAUAACGCAAUCAAGCCCUCACCCUUUAACGCCUCUGCUUUUUUUGUGGAUGAGGUUGCCCUGAUGGCAUUUACUAGAGCUUUUUGAGCAAGGAGAAUGCAUUGCACUAGGCAUGACAAGCUGGGAAGAGACCCAGAAUGAACCUAGGACACAGGAAGGAUUAUAUCUAGAGCUGAAGGAAGUUGACAAAAUAAAGUAUGUUUAACAAAGAUUUAGUCCCAUAUAUUCAGAAAACUAUUAAUAAAUAAUCGAAAAAAUCUCUUAACUCAUUUAUUUAAUACUGAAAUUAUCUCAUUUGACAAUUUCCCCCAAAAAUGUAUUCCUAAAACUGCAAAAAAAGAGUUAAUUUAGAUUCUCAUGUAGGAAAUGUGCCCAGGAUUGAAGCAGAAUCAGAAAAGCAGGUACUAUUGCCCAAAUCACAUAUUGUUAUUUCUCUAACAUAGAUUACGCACACUCCCGCUUAAAUACCCACAUAUUAGCAAAUUGUGGUUGACAGUUAAUAUAGCAUAUGGUUUCUCUAUCAUUGAGAUGCUUUUUCUGAAUGGAUCUUCUUACAUGUUCAAGUCACGCUUCCUGUAUAAAAGCACACUCUAUCCACCUAGCAAUCUCUUUCAUGUGGAAAAUCACUGAUAUGCCAAAAUAGAAUGAUAGAAACGAUUAUUUGGAGAACCUAAAACACACAGGUAGAAUAAUAAUAGUAAUACAGGAUAGAUACAAAUAAUAAAAUGUGAAACAACGUUCCUGUGACCUAAACACAAUUUAUGUUCAAAACUAAAUUGGCAGGACACUGUGCAAAAUGUAUUAGUGCAAAACAAUAUCUUGUGAAUAUUUGACAUGAUGUAAUGCAAAAUGCUGUGAGAUCUCUGCUGAUGUUACACACCCACCUGUAUGUUAGUGUUCUUAACACCCACUGAAUGUGCAAAAUAAACGUGAUACACAAGUGAA